AUGACUGCCCUCACCUGCCCUGCUAUGAUUUCCCCAAUGGCUGAGGAACAGCCACUAAGAAAACUACAUCCCUUCUUCACUGGAGAAAGACCUCCGACACAGGCAUUUACAUCUCAGAAUGGAGCUCCCCUGGAGAUAACUGAGAAUGCACCUACUCCAACGACCCCUGAUGUCACCAGUGACAGCACAGCAAAAGGGACCCGACCUCGGAAGCGGAGGAAAACGGACGCCGGCGACAAGAGUUUGGAGGAAAAGGGCCGUCGGACUCGGAGAAAAGUUACGGGUUCUUUGGAUAGCGCGGCAAUUGCGAGCAUAGGAUCGAAUAGCCCUGAACCUGGUGCAGUCGUGUCGAAUCUCGUGUGCAACGCAUCCCCUGAUCCAAAUGCCAUUCCGCCUACGGAGCCAGACUCGACAAUACCCCCGAAGGUGCCCCACGAAACUCUCUCCAACCCGCCACUGAAUGGCACUCCCUCGACGGAAACCAAAUCGUCCAAAAAGAUCAUCAAGUUCAAUCCGAAAACAGGAACGUUGGGCUCUCCUCCCAAGCCGAAACCGAAGUGCGAGUCCGUCGUGGCCAGUGCAUCUGAUUCUUCCUCGACGGGCCGAAAGGGCAAGCGAAAGAGUCUCGUGAUACGCAUUAAGUACGGUCACGAUGACGAGAGUCGGGAGAGACUCGGAGGGCAAAUUGAACAAAUCCUUGUGCAACCCGCCAACGCAGCUCAACCAGCGAACGUUUCCAAGCAAACCCCGAAAUCCCACACUACCGGAACUCCAAAACCUACCCAUCCCUUCUUCUCCGGAAAGCCGAAAAAGGCAGGACUCGCGGCAGGUUCCCCAAACGCUGCCGACACUCCUGCUAAGCCCCCCAGGCAGGUCAUCUUUUCCUCAACCCCGUGCUCCCCGAAACGACCCCGUGCGGCACCACCUAAGCAGGGACUCACUUUUGGCAUCAAGUCGGCGGGGCUGAAGGUACCCGGUGCCGCCCUACCACUGUGGCCCCCUCAAGGCAUGGCGCACAUUCGCGCUCUAGACUUUGAUUGUUCCACACGGGUACCACCGCCCCAGCAACACUCUUUCCCACAGCGCAAGUCAAAGGGUUACGCCGUGAGCCUCUCGGAUAGUGAGUCCAUUCUACAGUCAACCGCGCGAACUAUCAACUUCUCUUCCAUCCUUGCAUCACUCCGACAGGCCAACUCCUACGACAUCCCCCCUCCGCCUCCCGAGCUCAGACUUCCCCAGAAGCACUUUGAGACAGGGCCAAAGAUUCAACGUCGAAUCAAACCUCAUCUAAAGACGCAUCAUGGUCCUUCUCGCCCUCGCCCGUCCAUCGUCGACUCCAGCGAUGAUGAAUUGGGCCACCAAGUCCACCCCGCCAUUAACAAACUCUUCACCUCGUUGAAAUCUUCUCUCUCGGCAUAUGAUAGGUCUGACUGUGAAUCGUCAUGCUGGGCUCAGAAAUAUGCCCCUCAAACCACCGCUGAGGUCUUGCAGGCUGGGAAGGAAUGCACACUGCUGAGGGAGUGGCUUCUGAACCUCAAGGUCCAAUCUGUGGACACCGGCGCCACCCCCGACGCCGGCCCGCGGGGCAAAGCCUUAAAAGCCGGUGGGGUUCCCGGGAAGAAGAAGAAAAAGCGGGCCAAGCUGGAUGGCUUCAUCGUGUCCAGUGACGACGAGGCUGAUGAGUUGGAUGAGAUUUCCGAUAGCGAGAACAAUUGGAUGUCGCCGAAGGGCAAGGGAUCCGCAAAGACGGUUAUUCGGUGCGGUGAUCUGGCCGCAAAAGCUAAGGAUUCUCGGCUCACUAAUGCUGUCGUCAUCAGCGGUCCCCACGGCUGCGGAAAGACGGCCGCUGUCUAUGCUAUUGCCAGGGAGCUUGACUAUGAGGUCUUUGAGAUCAAUGCAAGCAGUCGUCGAAGCGGCAAGGAUGUCAUUGAGAAAGUCGGGGAUAUGACGCGUAACCACUUGGUCCAGCAGCAACGCAAUGGGUUGAAGGGGACGGAGGGUGGAAACGACACCGAUGCUGACGAGACUGCUCUUGACGUCAAGUCGGGGAAGCAAAGGACCAUGGCAGCUUUCUUUAAACCCAAGACGACUCCGGUAGCGAAACCCGAGCCUCAAGCCAAGGAUUUAGGGGACAAGCCAGAGGCUCCGGCCAAGGCCACCCAGUCGUCAAAAUCACAGAAACAGUCGCUCAUUCUCCUGGAAGAGGUUGAUAUUUUGUACGAGGAGGACAAGCAGUUCUGGACCACCAUCGUGACCCUCAUUGCGCAGUCUAAGAGGCCUUUUAUAAUGACUUGCAAUGACGAGAGCCUUGUGCCACUGCAGAGCCUAAGCCUACAUGGAAUUUUCAGGUUCAACGCCCCGCCAACAGAUCUCGCUGUCGAUGCAAUGCUUCUCGUUGCCGCGAACGAGGGCCACGUCUUGGAGCGGCGGGCUGUUGAAGACCUUUACCUAAUGCGUUCCAAGGAUUUCCGUGCUUCACUCGCAGACCUGAAUUAUUGGUGCCAGAUCGGGGUUGGUGACAGACGGGGCGGCAUGGACUGGUUCUAUUCUCGGUGGCCCAAGGGCUCGGAUCUCGACGAGAACGGCGAUGUAGUCCGGGUUAUCAGUGAGGGGACAUACCGCGCUGGCAUGAGUUGCUUUGGGAGGGAUGUCAUUGCUAGCUGUCUCACCCAGGAAGAGGUGGAAGAGGAGCUCGUCAAUCAGACGUGGGAAUCGUGGGGUGUCAGCUGCGAUGCUUUUCUUCAGGCCAAGAACCCCAAGGCGUUCGUGGCAUGCAAUCCGGACGAUGCAUCUUCAAGGGUAGGAAAGCGGACAAUUGAGGGGUUGGCUGCAUUCGAGGAUCUUGCCGAGUCCAUGAGCGCAGCGGAUCUGCUCGCAAACGGUGGAUUCGGCCAAGGCUUCAAGGAACGCAUCGACCCAACAUUGCCGGACAUUACUAGCCGGGCUAGGGACGACUACAUCCUCGGUCGUACUCUCCUCGACGCUCCUCUACUAGUGUACCACCGCCUUCUCUCGAAUUAUAUCUCGACAGCAGGCAAAUGCCUCGCCCGAGAAACAUUCAGGAAGCUAAAUGAGAACGAGACCAUCGCGCACACGCUCCCUCCUCUCAACGAAGCAUCCGCCGUAUCCAACAUUCGAGCCGCAGUAGGCGAGCAUCAAGACUGCCAGGCCAUCAAUAGGAUGGACAUGAGCCUCGCAUUCGACCCCAUCGCCGCCUCGGACAAAUUCCCCACCAGUGCCGUCGGCUACCUCGACCCUUCCGUGUUCGAUCGCACCAUGAACAUGAUCGUCCUGGACGUCGCCCCCUUCGUCCGGACCAUCGUCGCGUUCGACGAGCGACUCAAGAAGGAGCGGUUGCGGCUGGGUACCCUCCUUAGCGAGAAUGGCGGCGGUCCGCAACGGCCGGCGAAGCGGAUGCGUCAGACGAGGAGUGCCAUGUCGGCGCUGGAGGGGGGUUCGAGGAGCACGACUAGGAGGGAGAAGUAUUUCGCUGCGGAUAUUAACCCUUAUCUGGUAUCCAGGACAGGGGGGAAGGCGUGGCAGACUGCACUUGAUGAGGUUUUAGAGAGGGAGGCGCAGGAUGCGAGGUCGAAGGCUGCGGAGGAGGGGGAUACGGACGCGACGUUGUCUGCAGGAGAAGACUCAGUUGGCUCGGGGGCGUGA